AUGGAAGACAAUAUCAAUGAGCACCCGUCGUGUUUUGACAUAGCUAUACUAGAUGGCUUCUUCAUAUUACACCAAAUGAAAGAAAUACCUCAAACCUUUAAUGGGUUAUCUAAAAAGGUUCUUAGCAUGAUAACUCAAUUUAAAGCAAGUCGCGUUGACAUUAUAUUUGAUCAAUAUUUUACACCCUCAAUUAAAGAUUGUGAGCGUACACGUAGGGAUGAAUCGGCCAGCCCAGUUUCGAUAGGACCUAAUCAAAUACGACCUCAUAACUUUACUGCUCAGCUCAAAAAUAUUCAAUUCAAAGAAGCUCUAGUUAAAUUUUUUAUUAACCACUGGUCUACUGACGACAUGGCACCUUUGAUUGGUAAUAAAACAAUUUACUUAAGUUUAAACGAGUAUUACUGCUAUUGGGUUGAAGAUAACAAGGUAAUUAUGACCAAAGAUGAUUUAUUAUCAUGUAAAGAACACGAAGAAGCAGAUUCUAGGAUUAUAUAUCACAUAUGCCAAAUUUCUUUUGAGGCUGACGUUGUUAUAAGGUGCUCGGACUCUGAUAUUUUAGUCAUACUUCUUGGUAAUAUGGACCAUUUAAGUGCUUCCCUAAAACUUUGGAUUAACAUGGGCGUUGGAAAUCAUCAACGAUAUGUAAACAUCAAUGAUAUGUAUAAUAUUCUGGGUAGUACUAUAUCUAAAGCUCUACCGGGUUUCCACACAAUGACUGGAUACGAUUACACACCUGCAGUUUUCCGUAAAAGCAAACUUAAGCCUUUCAAAUUAUUGAAAGAAUCGGUAGAUUAUCAAUAA